CUUAAAGAGGCCGGAGCUUGCAAUCCAUCUGUGCUUGCCUCCCUGUGCAUGAUGGGAGUCGUAGUCUUCGAAGGCCCCAGCUGGGCUUGACUGCAAAGGAGCCAAGACUACAAGUCCUAUAAUGCCGCGGGUCAAUCGGUUGGCCGUUCCUUUUGAAUGAUUUCACUGCGGUUUACAUUCCCAGGGAGUUUCGCAGCCGCAGUGAGAGACUGGAGGGUGGGGGGGGGGGUGCAGGAAUCAUGGUGUAAGCGCCGGGCGAUCGAGGAGCCUUGCCGGUUCAUGGCACGCCGGGCAAGGGGCGCUGGAGAGGAGAGGACCAUGGUGGCCGAGGGACUGGCGGGGUUCUGAAGGGGCUGAAGGGGCGGAGGGUGCUGCGGGGUCCGUCCUUCUGCUUGCUUUCCCUGCCGCAUUUCCUUCCUUUUUGCCGGUCUGGAAACCCCCCCCCCCACCACUCUCGGGCCGCCUCCGCCUGCUGCAAAGAUGUCUCUAGCCAUGGAAGAGGAAGAAUACGCCAAGCUGGUGAUGGAGUCGGAGCCCGAGUGGCUGCGCGCCGAGAUCAAGCGGCUCUUCCAGGAGCUGGGCGAAACCACCCGGGAGAAGAUCCAGGCUGCGGAAUAUGGGCUGGUGGUCUUGGAAGAGAAGCAGCAGCUCAAGCAGCAGUACGAGGAGCUGGAGCUGGAGUACGAAACCAUCCGCACCGAGAUGGAGCAGCUGAAGGAGGCUUUUGGUCAGGCUCAUACUAACCACAAGAAAGUAGCAGCAGAUGGAGAGAGCAGAGAGGAGACUUUGAUACAGGAAUCUGCCACAAAAGAAGAAUACUACAUGAAAAAGGUUAUGGAACUGCAGACAGAACUCAAGCAGCUGAGGAAUGUCCUUGCCAACACCCAGUCUGAAAAUGAACGCCUAAAUUCAGUUGCCCAGGAACUAAGAGAGAUAAAUCAAAAUGUUGAGAACCAGAGAGGCCGUUUACGAGAUGACAUCAAAGAGUAUAAAUUCCGGGAAUCUCGCUUGCUGCAAGAUUACACUGAACUUGAAGAAGAAAACAUCUGCCUUCAGAAACAAGUGUCUAUUCUGAAACAGAAUCAAGUGGAAUUUGAAGGGCUGAAGCAUGAAAUCAAAAGACUAGAAGAGGUUACAGAAUUCCUGAACAGUCAAUUAGAAGAUGCCAUAAGAUUGAAAGAGAUAUCUGAACGCCAGCUUGAAGAAGCCUUGGAAACCCUGAAGACAGAACGUGAACAGAAGAAUAAUCUUCGGAAAGAAUUAUCUCAUUAUAUGAAUAUCAAUGACUCCAUGUAUACCAGCCAUUUGAACAUCUCUUUGGAUGGACUGAAGUUUAGCGAUGAGACCACCGAGCCCAAUAAUGACGAGAUUGUGAAUGGCUUUGAACCAAAUUGCCUGAGUAAAAUCAACAAUGGCAAUAAUAAAGCAUCAACACCCAAAAAAUCCGACAGCUUCCCUCCAGCCCCUAGUUUGGUGAACGAUCUUCUGAGUGAGUUAAAUAUAUCUGAAAUCCAAAAAUUGAAACAACAACUAAUGCAAAUGGAAAGAGAAAAAAUGAAUCUGUUAUCAACACUCCAAGAAUCACAAAAACAACUGGAGAACACCCGGGGUGCACUUUCUGAGCAGCAUGAGAAAGUUGGCAGGCUCACCGAGAACCUCAAUGCCAUGAAAAAACUCCAGGUCAGCAAGGAACGUCAGUCUGCUCUUGACAAUGAGAAAGAACGAGAUAGCCAUGAAGAUGGAGAUUAUUAUGAGGUUGAUAUAAAUGGCCCAGAGAUCCUGGAAUGCAAGUAUAAGGUAGCUAUGGCAGAAAUCAGUGACUUGAAAGAGGAACUUAAAGCUGUCAAGGCUAAAUAUGAGGAAUGUGAAUCCAAAUAUGAAGAGGAUAAAAGCAGGUACGAGACAGAAAGUCAAGCCCUGACAGAAAAGAUCAGUUCUUUGGACAAAUCUAGUAGACAAGAUAGGGAGCAGGUCAUCAGGCUGGAGAAGGAACUCAGGAAAGUCACUGAUGUUGCCGGGGAAACCCAGGGCAGCCUUAGUGUAGCCCAAGAUGAACUGGUCACCUUCAGUGAGGAAUUAGCCAACUUGUAUCACCACGUAUGUAUGUGCAACAAUGAAACCCCCAACAGAGUGAUGCUAGAUUACUACAAACAGGGCAAAGGAGGACAUACCAGUCCAGAGGUCAAAGGCCACAGAUCACCAAUCCUGCUCUCUAAAGGCUUAUUGUCAAUAGACUUAGGAAAACCAGAAACCGGGAGUGGUGAAAGCAGCCCUUCACCAGUUUCAUCCCUCCCUUCACCAGUAUCUGAAGUAUCCCGGAAGGAACCUAUGAAUGUUUACAACCUGAUUGCCAUAAUCCGUGAUCAGAUCAAGCAUUUGCAAGCAGCAGUAGAUAGAACAACUGAACUGUCACGGCAGCGGGUGACUACCCAGGAACUUGGGCCAGUAGUGGACAAAGAUAAAGAGGCACUUAUGGAAGAAAUUCUGAAGCUGAAGUCUUUGCUAAGCACCAAGAGAGAACAGAUUGCAACACUGAGGACUGUACUAAAGGCCAACAAACAGACAGCAGAAGUUGCCCUUGCAAACUUGAAAAGCAAAUAUGAAAAUGAAAAGGCAAUGGUUACAGAAACAAUGAUGAAGCUGCGCAAUGAACUGAAAGCUUUAAAAGAAGACGCUGCUACUUUCUCUUCUCUGAGGGCCAUGUUUGCUACCAGGUGUGAUGAAUAUGUCACUCAGCUGGAUGAAAUGCAACGCCAGCUUGCUGCAGCUGAAGAUGAAAAGAAGACCCUCAACUCCUUGCUUCGCAUGGCAAUUCAGCAAAAGCUGGCCCUGACCCAGCGCCUUGAACAUCUUGAGUUGGAUCAUGAGCAGUCCAAAAGGGUGCGCACAAAAUCUGCAUCCAAAGCCAAGAGUAGUAACCCCAGUCCAUCACCUACCUCUGGAAGUGGGACUUCUCUUCUGAGUGAUUUUACUGCUCACUGUAUUGGCUGGCAUGAUAUACUGACUCACCUGCAUGCUUGUGAAGAGGCAGCAGCUUCACUGAUCAAUUCUCUUGUGAAUUUGCCAUUGUUUAUUUACGCUUGAGCAACUUGGCUUCAGGAGUUGUAAGAAACUUUUCUUCCUGCACAGCUUUGGCUAACAGGUGACACAUUAAAAUAUUAACUUCGGUGUUUGAAAAAGCACCCAUGAGCUACAUUGGCUUUUAAAAGACUAACACAUGCAUCUCAACUAAUUAAUUUGUGUAAAUGUCCUGCAGCACAUUCUUGUCUAUAUCUUUAUAUGUUUCCUUUUUUAAAUUGGACAGUGAAACUUAAAAAAAAAAAAUCUAAUGUUUUUGCUUUUUUCUUUCUUUUUUUUUUUUUUUACUUUCCACCUUCCAGCUGUAGAGUAGUUCCUGGAGAAGGCCAUUACAACAAUACAACUUCAUAUCUUAGCCUGUGUCGUUAUGCUUACAAGUGAUGGUUGCCUGUUGCACAAAGAAUGGAAACUACUCUUAAUGAAUUCUCUACUCUCCCCCGCCCCAUCCCCAUUCAAAAUAUGUUCUUUUCAAUAUGCAACCUGUGUUCUCAUUUAGCCUUUUUUAUUUUAUUUUGGCAUGUUAUGUCUGGAAACAAAAAUAAAGCUUUAUCUUUGAAGUGCUGCUGCAGGAAGAAAACUUACAAAUGCUGAAGAAACAUACUUCAUAAUGUAAUAAUUGCCAUGGUAGCUUAUUAUGCUCAUAAGAAAUAUUCAAACUGUGUUUUUUUUUAAUUUCAUUAUAGAACUUUCUUUUUUUAAAAAAAAAAAGCAGUUGAUUGUUUAAACAUGUGCACUUUUACUAUUUUGAUAUUUACUUUAAUAUCUUUUUAUUCUUUUUUUUGUAGAAGAGUUUAUAUUAAUGGAAAAAAAAUCUAGUGACUUAUGCUAAUAGUCUGUCUAUUUGAAGCUUCUGCUUGAUCUUUCCUCAUCCAUUUGUGGCAGAGUUUUAUACUAUAUUGUUUUGUUCUACCCUGUAUUUAGAAAGGAGCUUCAAUACAAACUAGGACUUCUGCUAAACGAUCUACUUGCUGUAUAUCAGCAUCUUUUUUUUAAUAUAAAAUAUUAAGCUUUAUAUGUUUUCAAUUACUGAUUUUUAACUGCCAUGUUAAUUAAGAAAUCCAGGGUAUUCAAAUUCUGGGGUUUUUUCAUAUUGUAUUAUUAUUCUUAGGAAUAGUUCAAUGUAACAAGAAGAAAACUUGACUUUGCUCUGGUGAAAACAGUUAUAGGCACUUGAAAAUAAAUAUUAGUGUUACCUAUAAAUUCCAGAAUGUCUGGGUUUUAGGAAAACCUUAUGGUGUAUGAUUGAUUAACAGAAUUUUAUACAACGAUAUCACUUAAAUUCCAAAUUGGAAUUGUUUUUGUUACUACUUUGUUUUAUUGUGCCAAAUUGUGUUACAUUUUAGAAAGAUAACGUCUGAAGUUGUGACUGCUAGGGUGUUCAACUUCAGCGCCUUUUUUUUCCAUUUAAUUAUUGCCAGUAGUGCCUUUCAUAAUUUUCAAGGGAGAUCCCUAAGCUGGCUUAGUCCGUCCAAGAAAUAAAGAACCAUGGUUUUGAAAGCUAGUUAUCAAGUGGAGCAAUAAGGGCAAUAUAACCUCCCCUUCGCACAUUUAUUAAUGAGUAGACCUACUGUAGAGUAGAUCUACUACAUAUGCUCAAAUUGUAAAAAAUUCUGUUAGUCAAUGAUACUUCAUCAUGCAAAUUCAGGGGUAUAGAAGAAAAAAAGUAAACAAAACACAAAUAUACUUUGCAAACCAAAAGUAAUAUUAUUGAGCAAAAAGAAGCAAGGUGUAUUAAUCCAUUUGUGAUUACAGUACAGGGGAUGUUUUGGGAGUUCUGGUAGCUUUGUGUGGUGAUGGAUCCAGUUAACCAUAGUAUUGUUUGCAAAUGUGAAGAAGAAAAGCAAGAUAUUUAAUAUUUUUCUCUUGCAUGUUUUAUCUAAUUCAUUUGUGAUUUCAGGAAACAGAAACUGAGAUGUGCAUCAACAAGUUCUCCCUGCAGUGCUAUUUGUUGAGGCUAACUUUGAAUAAUUAAAUUUGGUAACCUUGCGAGGAGCAGAAAUCAGUUUUUCUCUUUAUAUAAAAUAAUUUUUAAAAGAAUUGAGAUUAUAAUCAUGUCAUGGGAAAAAGCUUUCUGUUUGCUGAAAAAAUGUUCUAGAAGGUGGGGACUUAAGUUUUCAUCCUUUUGGUUACAGUAUUGACUUAUAAGUGGUAUGAUUACAUUUAAAAUUACAUCUCUGUGUGGGUAUUUAUUUGAAUGUCAAAGUACUGUAUUAUGUUUUUAUGUGCAUUUCCUUUUAGUGGUGGAUUGGUCUCCAUUUUAUUGUCAUAUGCAUGAACUCUUGCCAAGUAACCUUUACACAGACCUGCAGCAAAGAACUUAAUGGAAAUUCUUCAAAGGAAAACGUGGAAAUUAAGGAACAAUUCUGGUGUCAUUUUGAUAAUUGUAGGAGGUCUAGUGGGCAAUGUUAAUUCCCAAAAAGAGUGCAUGUUGUAUAGGAAAGCAAUCUAUCUGCGUAAAGGUAGUCACAUUGGCAAUAUCAAUAAAGGAGAAGGAAGAAA